AGCUCCCCUCUAAACUUGCAGGUGUUGUCUCGGACAUCGCCAUCUUCGCAUCUUGUGCACCAGCCUCGCACGCCAAUUUCUUCCUCUCGCCAACUCAAACAAACGUGCGAUGCUGUGACCCGACCCGCGCGCAGCAAGACGAAGCACCUCGCCACCAGCCAAUCAAGCGGACCUCGGGAUACUUUGUUCGCCGCCUCCCAACAGCAUCGCAUCGCCAUCGUCGUCGCCGCCGCCUCUGUGCCCGCGCAGAUCAAACAUGCCUCGCCAGUCCACGAGGAGACGGUCGGCGCCCGCGCCAGCAGAGGAACCGUCUCACGCGGCGGAGCUCGAAGACGAAAACUCGGAGGCUGGAGCUGAGGUGGAAUCUGAACCCGAGGCCGAGCCCGAGGCGGAGGAGGUAGAGGCGCAGGAAGCCGAGGGCGAAUACGAAGGAGAGCACCGGAGACUGCGCUUCAACGAGGAGCUGUCAUGGCGGCCUGCGAAGCCCAUCCCCAGCGCCACGCUGCUGGCCCGUCUCGAGAGGCUGUCCAAGGAGCUGGCAGACUUUGAGCAGGGCGAGGUCGACCUGAGCUCGCUCCGGGGCGUCGCCGACAAGCUGGCGCAUCGCAACCUGCUGCAGCACAAGGAUCGAGGCGUCAAGGCCUACACGGCCUGCUGUUUGGUGGAUAUCCUGCGGCUGUUUGUGCCAGACGCCCCGUUCACGGACGAUCAGCUCAAGAUGAUGUUUGGGCUCCAGCACAAAUACGUUCUAAUGUCUCUGACCGAUGUCAAGAGCAUUCUACUCUUGACAGAAAUUCACGGAGCCGACGAUCUGCUACUACGCCUGUUCAAUUCCACCUUUGAUGGAGAGCAGGUUGCAAAGGAUCUGAUUGACGAGUCUCCUGGCAGCGUCCCGGCGAGUGUCAUCGACGCCAUUAUCAGUCAUAAGGAGCAGAAUGGCAAGCAAUCGACACUUCUCCUCAAGACAGAGCCGCCGGCCUAUGUCAUGGCAAAGGCCAUCUGUAAUGGCCAGUAUUUCAGCGACGUCAUCCUUAAUGCCUCUGGAUUUGCGACUGCGGGAAAUGGCGCCCGCCAUGGGGACGAUUCGGAUGAGGAAGAUGCCCACGCAGGACCUUCAGAGGCCGACCUCAAGAAACUGUGGCGGGCAGCACCUGCUGUGCUGCAAAAUGUGAUUCCGCAACUCGACGCCGAACUGUCUGCCGACAACGUACACUUGCGGCUGAUAGCUACAGAGACAUUCGGCGACAUGAUUUCCGGUAUUGGAGCCGCUGGCCCUCCGCCGCCUCCUCUGAUGGAUGACAGUCCGGCAGUCGCAGCUGAAGCCAACGUUCUCACCAAGCCAUAUUCUCCGCAGUCGUUUGCGCAGAAAAAUGACAAGACGGGCACUAUCCGUACAGCCUGGGUGACUGCUGUGGGCUACAUCCUUUCUACUUCCGCCGGUGGCAUUGGAUUGAGCACCCAAGAGGAGAGCGAGCUGGUGAGGGCUUUGGUCGACAAGUUGAAUGAUAGCGAAGAAAAGCUCUUUGACUUCCGAGACAUCAUUCUCAAGCUUGGCAUCCUCGGCGGUGUUGAAAAGGAGGGCUCGGUCUUUGCCAGUCUGGCAGACAGAUGUCGAGACAGAAAACCAGCAGUGCGUGUUGAGGCAAUGGUCCUGCUGGGCAAGCUAUGGGCUGAAGCUGUUACUGCUUGUCUCGCGGGCGUCCCGUCACGCAUUAUCAAUGCCUUUUACGCCAACGAUCCUGAUCUCAACGUCCUCCUCGAUCGUGUCAUGUUCGAAUGUCUGAUACCCCUGAAAUACCCCCUCAUGAAGGGCAAGGGAGCCAAGACUGCGGCUGCGUCCUCUCAGGGCAAGGCUGCGAGAAUUCUGCUGAUGCUCAAGUCCCUCGACACUGCGGCUCAAAAGGCCUUCUUCGCCAUGCAGGCACGCCAGCCUCAGUUUGCCAAGGGUCUUGAGAUCUUCAUCCAACAAUGCGAGGCCUACAAUGGCGGCGUCAUUGAGGCAAACGAAGACAAGUGGUUCGGAGCCUACUUUCCCGACCCCUUAAAGGUUCGCGCCGACCUGCAAAAAUUCGUCAAACUCAACGAACGUCGCUGCUACCAACUCAUCAAAUAUGCGAUCGAGUCUGAAAGCGACUUCAAGACCAUCUCGGCAACCUCGGCCGCCAGUUCUCUGGAUACCCUGAUUCCUCUGCUAUAUCGAUCAAGCUGUCUCAUGUUCAACCGAAGCCACUUGGCAACCAUCAUGGACUACUCCAAGAGCGAUAAGAACGGUUUCGCCGCCGUAGCACAUCAGGUGCUCAACGACAUAUCUCAGCGGAACCCCGACAUCUUCAAAGCUCAUGCAGAAGAAUUGCGGAAAGAGCUCAUCCAGAAAGCACCAACCGAGUCUACCAAGUCUCACGAUGCUGGCGUUGUGGAUAUUCUCAAGGCCUAUUCAUCUUAUGCCAAGAGAUAUCCCGAAGACAUCAACCUUGACAGGAGCUUCACGCAGACGCUCAUGAACUACGCUCUCUAUGGCGUGCCCUUAAAAACGCCAAAGUAUGCCGUCAACAUCCUUCUGGCGAAGAACGAUGACAAGAGUAAGGUGACAGCCACGAAUCUCCUGCGCAAGGUGAUGGCGAACUUCAAGUACGAAGCACCCCAUCUGCUCAACAAACUAGCCACCAUAAGUCAGCUCGAGCGCUUGGCGCCGACCGUCACCGUGGAUUCAGACCAGGCAAUCAACGACAUGACCAUCAAGCAGAUUCUGCGCGAGGUACGAACCGAGGCAACGGACAAGGAUCCAUCCUGGGUUGAUGACGCCGACAUGGACGAAGAGCUCCAGGCAAAGUGCCUCUCUAUUCGGAUCCUCGUCAACCAAGCUUUGGCUACUUCCACAGAUGCCGAUGCGGAGGAAAGGGUCAAGCCCAUCUUUAAGCUUCUCAAGACCUUUGUCGUCUCGGACGGCGAGUUUUCCAAGGUCAAAGAUACGCCAAAGCAUCACAAGAAGCGUUUGAGGUUGAUGGCCGGCCUGAUGAUCCUGAAACUCUGCACGGUGAAGAAGUACGACGACCAGUUUGACCAUGCAAGUUUCAACAAGCUUGCCGAGCUUGUUCAAGACCCUGAGCUCCAGGUGCGCCGUCGGUUCAUGGACAAGCUGCAGAACUACCUCACCCGGGGCAAACUUCGCGCGCGCUUCCUCACCAUCCUCUUCCUCGCGGCGUUUGAACCUUUCCCAGAGCUGAAGAACCGUGUGGAAACAUGGCUGCGGUCACGGUCGCGGUACUAUGCAGAAAACGGGCAGCAGAUCAUGGAGGCUCUCAUGGGAAGACUCAUCCCGUUGCUUGCCCAUCAUCCAGACUAUACCUCCGACCCAGCCGACCUGGUUGAUUUUGCAAACUACUUCCUGUUCUAUCUUGGCGCAGUGGCGACAGAGCAAAACAUAUCGCUGAUUUACAAGUACGCCGAGAGGGUCAAGCAGACACGUGAUGGAGUCGACCCGGAAAAGAGUGAGAACCUCUACGUGUUGAGCGACCUGGCGCAGACAUUGGUUCGCAAGUACCAAGAGCGGAAGAACUGGAGCUUCCAGGCUUGGCCGGGCAAGGUUGGUCUGCCUACAGGCCUGUAUACGGCUCUUCCGUCCAGCGAGGUCGCCCAGCACAUCGCAAAGAAACAGUAUAUUCCGGACGAACUGGACGAGAAAUUGGAUGACUUGAUUCGGGCAAUGGACCGCAAGAAGAAGCGAAAGUCGCUCCAUGAAACGACAGACCAUCCAGCAAAGAGAUCGAAGACCCAGAUGAAGACCGUCAUCCGUGAGAAGCCAGGCCCGAAAGCCAAAUCAGCCAAGGCUCCUGGUAGGAAAAUCGCAAAGCCCAAGGCGGCCCCCAAGGCCAAGAAAGCAGCACCAUCUGUGCCCGAGGGCGAACGGCGUCGCAGUGGGCGCGCUCACGCCAUCUCGACGUAUACGGAACGUGGCGACGAGGAGGAUGAGGAAGAAAUGCUGGAGGGGGUGGCGGAAUGGGAGUAUGGCAACGAUGAUGAGGACGAUGAGGAGGCAUCUGAGCAAGAGGAAAGCGGCAACGAGGACGAGGACGAUGGCUCCGAGUCAGACAAGGCUGAGCCCGAGGCCGAAGCAGAAGAGGCUGCCGCUGCCACCACCACCACCACCAAAGGCAAGGGAAAGACCCCAGCCGUCAAGGCCAGCGUAUUGUCCAAGGCCAAGCGACCGGCGCGUGCUACUCGCGGUCGGCCUUCCAAGGACGCAUCAGACAUGGAUGUGGAUGACGACGACGAGUGAAAUGCAAUGUGUGUAUGUUAGGGACAUGGCUUUUCUUUUU